UGUGCAUAACUCAUCGAUGACAUUGGCCGUGUAACAGCAGCGUAUUGCCUCUUUGAGCUUCAGCUUGCGUGUCUCUAGUAAGUGCAACAUGCUUGUUGACCAUGUCUGAUUGCUCUUUGAUUGAUAUCAGCCUGUUGGAGCCUUCACUCGUCACCCCACCUCUUGGACAACAGCCGAAAGCAUCCCCAGGAGCUUGUGAGCGAUGUCACAAAUACAAGGAGAAAUGCAACUUCGGGAUGGCGCAGAGAACAUGCUCCAGGUGCAUCGCGUUAGGUGAACAAUGCCGCCCGCGGCUAAGGAAACGCAUGGGACGCCGGCCUGUGGCCCAGCAGCUCCCCUACGGUGCCACCUCUGUCAUGCAUCUAGCCUUGGUCAAGGGGGACCACGAGGACACGGUGCAUCCUGCCGCUGGAGCCCGGGCUAUCUGUAAUGGCGUGAAGUAUGCCAACCCUGCCAAACGUCUCCGCAGCCGUCCAGGCAGACCAGACCCACAGUUCCCGCGCCCAAAUGCUCCGGUCCGUUUCGACCUCUGCAACCCUCCAUGCUUCCGCACUCUCCAGCCGCCGAUCCGGAGCUCCUGGCAAGUCAGCCAAGUGCUUGAAACCCCGGAAGGCUUUUUCGAGGCUCACCGCACCUUUCUGCUCGGUCCUAGUUUCGUGGGCGAAUUCCGGGCCGCGGUGCGACGAUUGUUCGCCCGCUCCCCACAGGUCCUUACCGAUGCCUAUUCCAUAGCCCUGAAACUGAUGGGUUCCCGCCAUGCAGCAUCCCCGAACAUUGACGAUUGUGAUUUGGCGAUCGGGGCCCACUGCCUCCAGAGAUUGACAGACGGCUCUUCGUCCAUUACGCACCCGGAGGAUGCUGCGGCGAUCCUCUUGAUGGGGCAGGCCGUGCUCGUCUAUAAUACCUUGAUACCGUCGCCGGCCACGCAGGUCAUCACGCGUGGUACGUUGCUAAGCGCCAAGCCAUGGUAUCCGGCCCUGAUGAAGCGGCCCUAUCUGAAUGCCGUGACUCUGGCGCCCGUCCUCAUGGACACGGUCGACUGCCUGAUCCGGAGGGAGAUACCAGUAAUUCGACUCCCAGUCCUGGAUGGCUGCGUUGUCGACAGAUUCUUAGGCGUAUGUUCAUCACUGCUUCCGCUUCUCUAUGAGCUAUGCGAGCGGAGCUACCACGCUAAGAUGAACAGCCUCGUGGACCAUGUGUCUCCUUGGGAUUCUGUCGAGGACAACGUUUACUCCGAGAUUGAAGGCAAGAUACGUGAAUGGACCCCGGAACUGCCCUCGUGCUUCUUCACAAGGUAUUCGGCACUGGAGGUCAGUGCCAUGCUGGCGCAGGCCCGAUCCUAUCGCAUCGCGGCCGUGCUUGUGAUCCACCGCCUGCGCUUCCCGUUAGGUAUCGAGGAUUUCGUAGCCCAACACCACGCGGACGACAUAUUGCGGGAGCUUUCCAUCCUGAACACAUGGCCGCCCGACGCAGCGACGGGGCUCGGCUUAGACUUCCCGCUCUUGGUGGCCACGCUGGAGCUGCCGGGCCCCGGGUCGGAUAUCUACAGGGCCUUUGAGCCACUUAGGUUUCGACGGCAGCACUCCGAUGAGAUCUUGGAUUUCAUCGACUUCGCUACUGCUGCACGAGGGACCGGGUAUCAGGGACUAUGGUUUGAUUUGGUACACAGCCGGUUACAUGGAGUUACGGUAACAUAAGACAAGAACGCCAGAGCUAUUCAUUGUGCAAUCAUUUCGAAGAAAGAAUUUAACAGGUCC